AUGCUGCAUCAUGAUGACAAUAUUAAGCUCUUUAAGGCUAAGAAUUUGGCCCUUGCUUCUUUACCAUCACUUUUCAUUGAUAUACAGGAAGUUCUUGAAAUCUGUAAGAUUUAUCCAUCUUUGGCAUCUUUUAAAGCUGAAUUUACUGCAUCUGUUUCUCUGACUCGAAUUAGAGAUAUUGCUCACCGGAAUGACAUCCCAUAUGACCUCAAGAUUGUUUUCCCACAGUACCUCAAGUAUUUACAAAUUAAGCACACUAUACAAAACAAGCUUUACCGAAAUGGUGGUCUCGAAGAUUUGGUUGCAACAAAAACUAUGCUUGCUAAAAUCACAAAGAACCCAAGAGAAUAUAAUCAAGCAUUUGUGGAGCAAUUCAAGAUAUUUCAUCAAGAACUCAAGGACUUCUUUAAUGCUGGCAGAUACUUCAUUGUCUUCCUAGCGGGACUCUAA